AAAAUUUAUUCGAUUCGUCUCUGAGUUUUCUUUCAGUCUCGAAUCUUACACUCUGAUUGUACCUUCAGGGAUGAAGUGACAUCUGAGAGUUGCUCACAUUACGCCAGCCAAAUCAUCACCGCCACAUCACUGUGCCCCUCCGCAUCGACGACGAAGGUCCAUCCUUGUUCAGCCCGGUCAGAUCUUGGGCUAGAAACAGGAUCCUGGCGCUGGUCGAGGAGUCCACAAUCUUCUCUUUGUACACUGCUGUCCAUUCAGCAUGAGCAACCGACGAGUCAAGAGCCUGGCUCUCGACGAUGACGAUUAUGACGAUUACGACGAAUACGACGAAAACUACGACGAGGGCGGCGACAAUGAACUUUCACCAGAAGACAAGGAGCAAAUGCGGCUGGGCACGAUCAAGGUCCGCGAAAGUCUUGGGUCAGCCUUCAAACUGGCGGACAGCGAGAUUCAGGAUGCUCUUUGGAAUUACUACUACGACAUCAACAAAUCCGUAGCCUACCUCACCAGCAAACACAAAUCUGCAGCCACUCCAUCAAAGAAGACAGCCACUGAGAACAAGACAUCAACUACAACUACAACUACAACGACACCCAAACCCAAAGUCAAAGAAACACCCAAACCCAAGACAUCUAUAGCCAGCGGUGUUCAAUCACUCUCAUUACAAGAAACACCCAAAGUCAAGAGCAAAAACAUCGAUGUCAUAUCCGAGUUCAAAAAGAUCAAACGGAAAAAUGCCGCCAACUUUGUCGUCAUCGGCCACGUUGACGCCGGCAAGAGCACGCUCAUGGGACGACUCUUGUUCGACCUGAAAGCCGUCGACCAGCGGACGAUGGACAAGUACCGCAAAGAAGCCGAGACCAUCGGCAAAGGAUCGUUCGCCUUCGCCUGGGUCCUCGACCAGGGCACCGAGGAGAGGGCACGCGGCGUCACCAUCGACAUCGCCACCAACAAGUUCGAGACGGAAAAGACCAGCUUCACCAUCCUCGACGCCCCCGGGCACCGCGACUUCGUGCCCAACAUGAUCGCCGGCGCCAGCCAGGCGGACUUUGCGGUGCUCGUCAUCGACGCGUCGACGGGCAACUUCGAAUCCGGCUUGCGAGGCCAGACCAAAGAACAUGCCCUCCUCGUCCGGUCGAUAGGCGUCCAGCGCAUCAUCGUGGCCGUCAACAAGAUGGACGUGGCCGACUGGUCGCAGGCUCGGUUCGAGGAGAUCCGGCAACAAAUGUCCGGGUUCCUGACCAGCACGGGGUUCCAACCCAAAAACAUUUCCUUCGUCCCCUGCUCGGGCCUCGAGGGGGGCAACAUCCUCCGCCGCUCCUCCGACCCUCGAUCGUCGUGGUACCACCAGGGCCCGACGCUGGUCGAGGAGCUCGACAAGUCGGAACCGGCGACGCACGCGCUAGACAAGCCGCUGAGGAUGACCAUCGGCGAUGUCUUUCGGGGCGGCGUGCAGAACCCCUUGUCCGUCUCGGGUCGCCUGGAAUCCGGCACGGUGCAGACCGGCGAGCAGGUCUUGGUGAUGCCCAGCGGCGAAAAGGCCCAGGUCCGCAGUCUGCAGGUCGACGACGACGGCGAGCCUCGAGACUGGGCCGUCGCGGGCCAGAACGUCGUCCUCAACCUCACCGACAUCGACCCGGUCCACCUCAAGACGGGCGACGUGCUGUGCAGCGCGUCGUCCUCGCCGAUCCGCAACGUCCGAGAGUUCACGGCGAAGGUCCUGGCCUUCGACCACCUCACGCCCAUGGCCGUCGACGUGCACAAGGGGCGGCUCCACGUCCCCGGCCGCAUCUCCCAACUCGUCGCCACCCUGGACAAGGCCUCGGGCGCCGUGGUCAAGAAGAGGCCCAAGAUCGUCCAGCCCGGCACCGUCGCGAGGGUGCUCGUGCGGCUCGACGACGCCGUGCCGUUGGAAGCCCCCUCGAGGGUCGUCCUGAGGUCGAACGGAGACACUGUGGCUGCUGGAUUGAUCGAAUGAUGAUUUUCUUUUGUCUCCUUUCUUUCUUUUUCAGUUACCAGUCAUCACACGUCGUUGACCACUCACUCGCUCGAUCGAGGAGAAAACAAAAUAACCAUCGAGCAAGCCGUCUACCAUUAGCAUUCGCAUUUAGCAGACGAGAGUAGGUAUUUUUACUCUUGGAACGAAGAAACGCACUUCGUUUCAAGCCACCCAAGUCAUGAAUAUGUUGGAUAGAGAGACAAGGAGAGAUUUGCACGAUUAUAUACAAUCGCAAGUAUUCUCAGAAGUACUUCCUUACAAUCAUUGCAGAUCAGAACGUAAACGAAACUUCGACGUGGCUUGAUAUUCACGAUGUCCUAUGAAUUGCUAUGAGA